AUGAUGUCGUUCUCCAUAAGACUUCUGAUAGCCGCCGUCCUUUGUGGUAUGUUUUUCCGAGUUUUUAGAGAACAGACUUAAUCUACUUUGCUCUUCGGGAAGAGAUUUCCUGAAAACUUAUGACGUUAGAACACGUUUACUUCUUGGCCUCUAAAAAAAUGCUUAGGUUUCAUCACCGCUGAGAAAGAUCCAAACGCACCGAGCGAAUGCCUCUCAAAGUGCCUGACUCCAUUGGCUAAGCUGCAACGAAGCUUCUCCUACGUCUUCAACAACUUUGAAAAAGUAUGCGAUUUGCUCGAGGAAGGCGCGUUCUGCGCUAGAAAAUGCAAUCAAGAGGACCAAACCAAGUUCUACCAGUACACAACUUUCUAUAGAAUACAUUGUAUUGAUUAUGAAGAAGGUGGGUUUGAUAGAAAACGAGAAAGAAAUACGGACCAACUUGUAGACAUCCAAGAGCAUCUAACGUGCAUUGCAAAAGCGGCGGAAGACGCUGAUGCGGUUUGCAAAGACAAAUGUAAACAAGCGCACAAAGUGGAAAAGACUGCUUCGAAAGAGACGAAGAUGAAGAAGGAAUGCUUAACUUUGGAGUGUUCCACUUUGUGUUACUUCGAUGAACUCGCGGAAAGCUGUCCGGAAGCUAGAAACGUUCUUUUGGUGAGCACCAGCUCUAAAGUAUGGUAUUAACGGUAUGUUUACAGAAAAUAAACAUUGGACAAGUGCACUCAAUGGCUUCUGCCGUCCAUCCGAUCACUAUGGAGAAAAUGCUACCGGAGUGUCGCAACUUGCACAAUACUGAGUACAUGCGUACCAAGUUGCUCGCCUCCAGCAGCUCACUUCUCAUGGACCACACGCCAUCUGAGAUGGAAACGGAAGAGCGGCCAGUUAUCACUGCUUGA